UCUACACCAAAUUUUGGCGACUUGCCACCUGCGCCCAUCAACAUAGCGAUAGCUAUUACUUUAGCAACAACUCAAUUCAUUAGGAAUAAAUCACUCACACCGGACUGCAUUAAAAGACAGAAAGAUAAAUCGAAAAGAAAGGUUUUGGCGAGAUGGCGACGCCUACGCCCCCUAAAAGCAUGUCCUCAAGACUACUAACUAUGAAGUUCAUGCAAAGAGCCGCAGCUUCUCCCACCUCUUCUUCUCCUUCCACACCAAAACUAGACGAGCAGGCUUCAAAACGACGCAAGGUGGUACACAACCCUACGACCAACAAUAAUAUAAAUUCGAUCGCACAAAUCAACCAGGCCGCGGUACAGGCCGCUAUUGCUGAAGAAGAAAGGAAACGACAGGAGGCUUUGGUACAUCAUGCUGCUGAGCUUGGAGAUGCGCGUUGGGUCCUUGAUAUAUCGGACGAGGCCGCAGGAUCUCCUAGUGAAAUUCAAACGCCUCUGAAUGUGGUUCAAGUUGGCUUUGCUCAGAUUGAUUCUCAAAUUGACUCUUCUGAUACUGUUGGUCUUGAUGAUAGCGAAUCAGCUGACACCUCACACGCCAGAACAAUGGUGAGACGGUACAAUAUGGAAACCAAAAAGGUGGUAAAGGACGAUAAGUCCGGAAGUGAUGAUUCCAGCUCUGACUCUGACUCCGAUUCGUCCUCGGAAGAGGAAGGGGCGAGGCGGAAAUCAUACGGUCAAAGAUCAGAGGCACAUUCAGGUUCUGGUCCUUCUCGACCAACCUUACAAAGAAAGAAAAGUGCCGAGUGGUCUAAAGCUAAGCAAUUUGCUGAGGCACGGAGAAAGAAGGACGUCAAUUUGAAUAGCCCUAGAGCACCCUCUACGUCCGGCGGUUUGUUAUCGAUCUCCUCGGGAGGUGGCACCCCACUUCGCCAAUCCGCGAGCUUCACUUGUCAUCGUUGUGGCAAGCCUGGUCAUAAAGCCGCGGAGUGUCCCAAACGGUCAACACGCUGAAUCAUAUUCCAUACAUAGCUAUACCCGUGGAGUCAAGGCAAGUGUAUCAUUGAAGCACACUGCCACAUAUCUUCCAUGGGACCGUUUUCAUACGAAUUUACGCUUUGCGGAACUUUGCUUCGACCCGGAUCACCUGAUCAAUAUGUGACCUCCCACCUGGCGAGAAAAAAA